GAAAUAUAACCUAAUUAUAAUAUUUUUAUUAAUUUCGUUAAAUUAUACAUCACGUAAUACUCAUAAAAAAAUCCACGAUGACGAUAUAGAAGGUUAAAAAUAAUAAAAAAGCAAGCCUUAUAAUUCUGAAGAUUAUAAUGUAGCCUAAAAUAUCGGAGAAGCCUUUAUGAAUGGUUUACAUGCAGUCGGUAAUUUAGGUUCGGAUUUAGGUGAUGUUACCGAAUCAGUUGGCAAAGCAGGUAAUAGUGUCGCUUAGGGAAUAUCAAAAGCCUCUAAAAAUUUAGGGGAUAGUGUUGAUGCAGUAGGAAGAGCAGGUGGAGAUUUAGGUGAUGGAGUCUCCAAUGUAGGAAAUAAUUUGGGAGAUGCAGCCAAUGGAGUAGGUCAUACAGUAUAGGAUGCUAAUGAUGCAGUUACUUCGCUUUGGGAAGAUGAUGGUGAAGAUUAAAAAGGGAAUAUUUUCGGAAAUAAAGAUGGAUAAGAUGGAGAAGAUGGAGAAAAUUAAGAUGAUGGAGAAGAUGGUGAAAAUAUUAUGGGAAUAAAUAAUUAGAAAUAAGGAUAAUAAUAAGCAAGUGAAGAUAAUUAAGAAAUAAAAGAUGAGUAAAAAACAGAUAACUAAGAAAAUAAAGAUGAGUAAAAAACAGAUAAUUAAGGAAAUAAAGAUGAGUAAAAAACAGAUAACUAAGAAAAAUAAGAUGGGUAAUAAACAGAUAAUUAGGAAAAUAAAGAUGGAUAAUAAACAGAUAAAUAAGAAAAUAAUGAUGAGAAAUAAACAGAUAAUUAAGAAAAUAAGGCUGAUGCAAAUUAGACAUAAUAAACAGUAGAGAACGAUUAAUAAUAAAAACCUGAAGGUAAAGGAAAAGAUAUAAAUCCGGUAUAAAAUGAAGACAAAACAAUAAUAUAAGAAGGAGAGAGAAAAUAAAUAUAAGAAGGAGAAACUAAAUAAAUAUAAGAAGAUGGACAAAAUAAGUAACCAGAAUAAGAAAAUGAUAAAAAUAAAUAAAAAUAAGAUGAUGUAAAAAAUGGAGAUAAUUCUGAUGUGAAAAAUGAAACUGUUAAUAAUGAAAAAUAGGAUAAUAUAUAAUAAAAUGAUUAAAAAGAUUAA